CUAUUUCUAGUUUUUACGUUUUCACAUGCUUAUUUCUACUGCAGUGCUCGGAAAUCACAGCAUCUAUCCCAUUACUGAUGAAAUUAAUUGAUUAUUUUUUAACAAUGGGUCCGUGGGCUACUCAUGAGGUUCUUGGGGGCUACUUGGUGCCCACGGGCACCACUUUGGUGACACUUGUAGUUGUACUUUCGUUGAUUACAGUAUGAUAAAUCAUUGGUGUUAUAGCUGAGGACCGCUUAUUCUAUGUGGCCCACAAAAGCUUGCCCCAAUUGUUCCUUGACUUCCAUUCAAAACUCGGUGGCCAUCAUCUGUUCAUUUUCUAUAUUGUUUAUCCUCAUCAGGAUCAUGGGUGGUCUGAGUUGGCACUUAUUCCUGCUGACUUUGGGCACGAGAUGGAAGUAUGCCCUGGACAGGUUUCUGACCAAUCAUAGGGCAGAUCUAGACAAAUGCAUUCAAACCCAUAGUCAAUCUAGAUUCUCUAAAUAAAUUUACAUGUGUUUUGGAAUGUGGGAGGAAGCCAGAGUACCCUCAGAAAUCCCACCUCACACCAUAACAUCACCCAGGAAGGCCAGAGAUGGAGAAGAGAACUCUGGCAUCGGCAAGAUGGAGGCCCUGAUGUUGGAAUGUGCCAAGCUGGACCGAGAAAUUGAGUGCUUUGUUGAUACUGUGCAACAAGCUACAGCAGAGGUGACGGCACAGCAACAAGAGGCCUUGUUUACGAUCUCCUCCAGAGUGAAGGAGAACUUCACAGAAAAAAUUGCCCAACUAUCUGACGCUGAUCUGCAGACUCACCAGAAAAUAGUUGCGUUUAAGGAAAGCAUCAACCGCUCUCACAUACAAGCCAGCCACGAAUCAAGGAACAUCGAGGAGCUUGACGAAGACCUUGCUGUAACGCAGACCCAAGUCAACUUCACCUGCCCUCUCACCCAGGAGGACAUGGUCAACCCAGUAAAGAAUAAGAAGUGUAACCAUCACUAUGACGAAAAACCCAUCAGAAUCCUCAUUGAAACGAGACGGAAUCAGAACAAGAAGUGUCGCUGCCCUGUGGUGGGUUGUGGAAACAAAGAUGUGAAAGAGUCAGACCUGGUUCCCGACCGCACUCUGAAGAGAAAGAGCAAAAGCACAUAGAACUGAAUGCCUUUAUUGAGAACGUUCAUGAUAGAGUUUAUGUUUUAUUCAUUGUUGUUUUCCAAAUUGUUUGAAGAAUUUUCAUUGUUUUCACUAAAAUUGAACCCAUGGUGUUGAGCAAUACUUACUUGUGAUGGGCUUUGUAUUUCUGCAAUACUUUUCAGUCUCAUUGAAUUGGACUAAAAGGAUAUUAUUUGUAUAUAAGAAUAUAUUGUGCAUUCAUAAUUGGGGGCGGGGGUCGUCUCAGUGAUGGGAAAACUAGCCACUAGAGGGAGACAUCUGCGUGACGACAGAUCCAUGACUCCUAAAUAGAGAAUGACACAUUUAGUUUAGUCAACCCUACUUUGCGUCUGGCCUCCAGUGGUAACUUUUAAGACCGCUUACCGCUUUCUAACUGAAUUUGUGAUCGCCAAAGACAGAAAUGAGGCUAGUAGGACACACAGAACAUCAUUAAUAACAGAAGAGUGGUGAUGCUUCAUUCUGGCAGUGACCCAAUUUGUUGAGGAAUUUCUUAACUGAUAUCUUAUUUGAGUGUAUGAAGCCUGGUAAAGUAAUUCUGAAGACUGUAUGUUUACCCACUUAAAUAUGCAUUUGAAGUGUCAAGAGCCCAGAAUGUAGUUUUACAUGCUAACAAGGUGAAACGUUUGCAGUCAAUGUAGUCUCGUCAUUCCGAGCCUAUUAAGGGUCCAAAUAGAAACAAAGGUUGUGCUGAGAUACAACAAGGUUAAGAUAAGCUUUUAAUAACCGUGCAUUAGGCAUUUCUAAGGGUCUUUAGUUGGUUCCCCUUACAAGGAGUGCUUUACACAGCACUUUGACUAUUCCACCAAUUAUGGUCAAAGUUGGUGUUGACUCACUUCUGCUGUGAAUGAACAUUGCCCGAAUUGGAACUUGUCUGCACAAUUUAUGUCACAGGAAGUUCUGAAACAACCAUUUUGUUUGUGGAUUUGUAGGUGCACCGGCACAGACAUUUGCACUUUGUUGCAGAGCUGUAAAUACAGUGUGGAUAAUCAAAUAAUUCUUUAUCUUAGGCAUAAAUUUUGUACUCUGCUUGCAAGUUUGUGGGAAUGCUUUGUGGGAGGCCAUGUUGUGUUCCGGUAUGACUGUGCCCCGGUGUAAAGAUCAAAUGCAAGGUUUUAGACAAGACAGAACAAAGUUGGCUCUGUUUGGCUUCCUUUGAACAGCAAGUUAGCUUUUUUUGAAAAUUUAAAGAAUCUGAUUGUAACAUCUGAUACCAUCAGAGAAGAGCACACGGUGUUCCGACUAUUGAAGAUAAAUUGCCGAGUACAUACUCAAGGUUGACUAUUUUCCUAAUAGUUA